CAUUUAUGAACGAAUAUUUCAUAACAAUUAUUUCAAUAAAUAUUUUAAAGGCUUUUAGUGAUUGAAUCAAACAAUUGAUUGAUUAAUAAAAUUAUUUGAGAUUUGAAUCAUUGAAAACAUGGCAUCGGCGACAACUACAACAACAACAACGGGUGCGACAGUUGGCGGUGGCGGCGAUCGGACGACAGGAACAGCGUCUUCCGGACCGACAGACAAGAAAAAGAAGGAAAGUAUUGUAGAUUUGGCUAAAUAUUUAGAUAAAGCAAUUCGUGUGAAAUUUCAAGGAGGAAGAGAGGCCAGUGGUAUUCUUAAAGGAUUUGAUCCAUUGCUUAAUCUUGUGUUAGACAAUACAAUUGAACUAUUAAGAGAUCCUGACGAUCCCUUUAAGUUGACUGAUGACACUCGACCUCUAGGUUUAGUGGUUUGUAGAGGAACUGCUGUUGUGGUCAUCUGUCCGGUUGAUGGCAUGGAAUCCAUACCUAACCCAUUCAUUCAACACGAUUAGUGUCUAUUCAUUUGAAAUCAUUGUUUAUUUAGAAGCCAUUGAUUUGACUUAUUUUGUCUAAAAUUUUCAC